AAAUAAGAACGCGUAAUGAUGUAGAAUAAAAACGCACGCUUAGGAGUUAAAUUUGAAAUUUUAUUCGCGCUCAAGCUGUUUAUUUUGAGGAUAAGUUAAUCCCACUCCAAUUAUUAUUUCAUUCAUUUUAACUUCGGGAAAUAUGUGUGAGUUGUCGGACCGAGCAAUCACAAUAUUCAGCCGACUUCGUCUCAACUGCUUGUCGCCGUCCGAGCAGCCUACAUCCUCAGCACAAACAGACGACAGAAUGCAUCUUCGGAGCCAUCAGACGAGAAACGACGAACUCUACAACGCCAUACACACGGGUGAUGCGGGCAGGUGUAAGGAGCUCCUGGCGAUGGGCGCAGUCAACCUCCAGGAGGGCGACUACGCGAGCUGCCCUCCCCGAGAUGCCAUCAAGAGCACGCUGCCUCUGCAGUUCGCGGUCAUGCACCGCCAGCCGGAGAUCGUCAAGAUGCUGCUGAGGCACGGCGCCGAUCCGGACUGGGUGGACAUCGAGGGCAAGACGGCGGUCCACACCCUGAUCCUGUACUGGCCAAGAUGCGUCCCAAAGGAAAACCAGCUCAUCUCACAAGAGCUUGUCAUGUACCACAGCUACCUGCGAGCAGUGGAUCUCAUUUGCAACGACACUCUCCGGAGACUCUGCGCCUUCGGGGGCAGUCCCAACGCUCGUGACAACCGGCAGCAGUCGCCGCUCCACUACGCGGCCAGGUAUGACAUCCCCGGAGCGGCAAGGAUACUCCUGAGUUAUGGCGCCUACAAAGACGCCCGUGAUAUCGACCGUAAGACGCCGGUCAUGCUGGCCGCGGCGAUGGGACACUGCUGCCUUGAGGUCCUACUGCAAGACAACGCUGACGUUCAUCUUACCUGCUCCCAAGGCAAGACGGCCCUCCAUCACGCCGUGGAGUCAAGAUGCCCGCUACACAAGAAGGAAGCCUGUGUCAGGAUGCUUCUCCGGUAUGGAACUAGCCCAAACGCCGCAGACAACGGCGGCCAGACACCGCUCCACGCCGCCUGCAGAGCGGCCGACGAGUCCAUUAUAACCUGUCUACUAAGAGCAGGUGCAGAUGCCGACAUCCGAGACUCCAACGGAAUGAACUCUCUGCAUGUGCUCCUCGAUAACCCAAACAGCCAUCCUGUGAACACCCAAAUAGUUCUCAAGCUCGCAGACGCCACUCUGCGGUACGGAUUACCAGACAAUGGGAGCCUCCCAGCCUCGCUCAACCUCCCCGGAGCAGAGGUUCUCUUUCAGGCGCUUCUGACCGACAGAGCUCCCCCAUCGCUCCAGAGAAUCUGCAGGAAGGUACUCCGCACCCAAAUGAUCGUCAACUCCUUUUCAUCUGAUGCUGAGAUGAAGGAGAACAUGACUAAGUUACCGCUGCCUAAAUGCCUUCAGAGAUUUUUGGUACUGGACGUUGCAAACCCGAUCAGGCAGAUCGUGCUUGGGCUUCAGAAUAAGAUCUUUGGAUAAAACCAAACAUUUUUUUCAGAAGAGACUCCAACGAAGGGCAUAUUA